AUGGGAAGAGGAAAGAUUAUGAUCAAGACUAUUGAGAACACCAACAACCGUCAAGUUACGUUCUCAAAACGACGAGCCGGGUUGAUUAAGAAGGCGAAUGAACUCUCUGUCUUGUGUGAUUGUGACAUUGCUCUUAUAAUCUUCUCUUGUACCGGAAAGAAGUAUGAUUUUGUCAGCAGUAAAACAACCAUGGAAAACAUGUUGCAACGGUACAAGGAUUUUGUUGCCAACCAUUCAGCUACGGCCGCAUCAAAUUCUUCCAAUGAUGCAGCUACUGUUGAGCAUCAACUAGUUGAGUAUAAUCCAGAUUCUGAUGUGAAUUCUAUGCGUGAAGAACUUACAAAGCUACGAGCUUCAUGCCUGCAGCUGCAGGGGAAAGGAUUGGAGGGCUUAAACUUCUUAGAGCUUCAAACGUUGGAGAAACAGUUACUUGAAGGGAUUAUGUCUAUCAGAAAUAAAAAGGAGCGCAUGCUAAGGGAGCAGUGGGAAAGAAGUAAACAACAGGAAGAGAAGAUUAGCGAGGAAAAUGCAGCAUUACGCAAGGAAGUGCAGAGGCUUAGACAAUGCUCGAAGGCAUCUUGCAGCUCUGAAUCUAACUCUUUGAAAAGAAAGCGCGCUGCAGCUGGAUUAUCGACUGAUGAAGGUUCCGUUAUGGAGAAAGAAGUCGAAUCUGAUCAACCUUUUCUAAGCUUAGGGUUGCCAACUACGCGUUUUUGUGGUGAGGUGAUACCUAAGACAGAAAGCACGUCCAAUGAUUCGAUUGGGGAAAAUCCCGCGACAUACGAAUCAUGA